AUGACGAGUAGCGCUCAAUCGUCGUCAUCGAAGCCCCCGCGGCCGAAAUCUCCGCACUUUCCUCCACACAAUGCUCCACGCGUCUGGUUCAUCACAAGAGGAGUAUCGCCCAUUGCAAUUGCCUUGGCGAGACAAGUACUAGAGCAUGGUGACUACGUUGUAGCCGGAGUUGUGCCUCAUGAGUUUGAGAAAAGCGAAGGUCAAAGUCUUGAUUUUCCUGUUGCCGAGGCUGUAGAGGCUUUUGGACGCAUCGAUGUUCUGCUGUGUGCCGCCAGCGAAGUUCGGGGAGUAGCUAUCAUUGGCGCUGUCGAGGAACUUGCUCAGAGCAGUCGAACAUUGAGCUUAGUUGACGAGAUUUUUGAAAUCAACUUCUUUGCCAACGUAAACAUCAUUAAAGCCGUACUUCCCAUUAUGCGAGAAAGAAAAAAUGGUCAUCUCAUUGUUAUUACUGGAAUCACUGGCCAUCUCGGAACCCCGGGCUUGGGCAUCUACUGCUCAUCUCAGUGGGCCAUCGAAGGCUAUUGCGACAGCCUCGCCUACGAGAUCGCCCCCUUCAACGUGAAGAUGUCCAUAGUACAAGCCAACAUGGAAGUCAACGUGCUUACGAACCGGAUAACGUCCGUUCCACCAAUGCCAGUCUAUCUGCAGGGCGAGAACCCUGCACCACUAGCCCGAGAAAUCUUCUCCGGUCUUCUCGACAAGCUUGAGAGGAUAGAUAAUCCUGCUGCCCCACAGUGCAAUACCUUUGACGAAACCAAGUCUCCUGGUGAGGACAGUACCAUGUCCGAAACUGGCCAGGAUGCAGAACCCACUAUGGGGGAUCUUCUGAGCUCGGAAACGGUGACAAGCUUAUAUGCGCCGUUACCAGCCGUCGUGAAAGCCAACUUGAUCGCAGAGACUGUGCACGCGUUGACGGCGAUAGGAGGCCACGACAAUCCUCCCGCGCGUCAUAUUGUUGGCUCAGAGGGCGUCACGGUUGUCAAAGAGAAACUCAAAACCACAAGCGAAGAGUUGGAAGACUUUGUUGAGGUCAGCGGUGCUGUGGAUAUAGUGCAAAGGGAUGCGACCGGGAUGAUGGGACUGGGUAUAGAUCACGAAAUGUCAUGA